UUGAUGAUGCCAUUCUUCUCGGGCACGAAAGACGACUUUAGUAAAGAAACCGUGGAACCGUUCCCGCUCUCGUUUGACCGCAUCAAUGAAGGCCAGCGUUUCUCUUCAAGUUUCCUCUUAUCUCGCUUACCUGUUGAGCUCGUAUGGCACGUAAUCAAACUAGUUGACGACGAAGAUCUGGGACGCCUCGCUCUAGUUAAUCGCGACUGCCGUCAGCUUGCUAGGUCCCGCCAAUUUGCCACCAUUAGGUUAGACUACAGCGAUAGGUCUAUUGGAAUUCUUGGCGUUCUCAUCAACGAAUGCAAACACCGAUCUGAAUACCAUGGCAAGACCAGUGCACUAUCGAUAGGGGCCUGUAUCUGGGAGAUAGUCGUCUUAGCAGACCCUAGACGGAUUACCAGUCGUCAUAAAGUUGAACUUUCCGAUAAAUUUCAUGCACUAGAAAGUGACAUACGGAAUAAACGUGUGAAUCACGCGUGCGAGGCGUUCUUUAGGGAUUACAUAACGAAUAUCAGUUUAGUCCUUUCGUAUACUAGAACCUUACCUCAUUUAGAGAGAUUAGUUGUUUGGAUAGGACACCCCUUGACCGUGCCCUUUUGA